AUGUCUGAACAGACAGAAAGGGCGUUUUUGAAACAGCCAACCAUCAACCUCAACAACAAGACCCGAAUCCUUUCGGGCUCGAAGAAAACUCCACGAUACAUUCGUGAAGUUGGACUUGGAUUCAAGACCCCAAGAGAGGUAAUUUUGUUUUUUAGUUAGAAUCCAAAUGAAUUAAUAGAAACAAUUUUCUCUGAGCUAAUUAAUAUCCAUAUUCCAGGCUAUCGAGGGAACUUACAUCGACAAGAAGUGCCCAUGGGCUGGAAAUGUCCCAAUCAGAGGAUUGAUCCUUACUGGCGUUGUCCUUAAGAACAAGAUGACCAGAACCUUGAUCGUUCGUCGUGACUACCUUCACUACAUCAAGAAGUACCGUCGUUACGAGAAAAGACAUAAGAACGUCCCAGCUCACGUCUCCCCAGCCUUCAGGUAAUUUUUUAAAUUUCCUAGAUACGGCCGAUUAGGAGAAUUAACUAUUCAAAGAUUUUUUAUCGAAUUUUUAAAAAUAUAUCUAAGCAAUGCGUCAUUCAUCCAAUUGUCCGCUGCUCAUUUGAAAGUAGACAAUUCAGCAAUAUUUUAGACGCUAAAUUAACACGUCUUCGUUAUGAUGUUCAAUUUGAUUUUAGACUUGAAUACAUAAUGAGUCCGGACACUUAAAAUUUAAAAAAAAGUUGAAAUUGAUAUUCUGUUUCACUAAAAAUCUGUUUUUUUUUCAGAGAUAUCCACCCAGGAGACCUCGUCACAAUUGGAGAAUGCCGCCCACUCUCGAAGACCGUCAGAUUCAACGUCUUGAAGGUCAACAAGACCGGAUCAUCAAAGAAGGGAUUCAGCAAGUUCUAA